AUGCAACUAUCUUGGGCUAUCCAGACUCUGGCGAAGGCGAAAAAGCCGGAAAGAAAGUCGAACAAGAUGGUACUGGUUAUUAUCGCCCUUGCUGUACUGAUCAUUAUCCUUUAUGCGUUCUCUCAUUCCAAAACUACUCGUACAGACAGUUUCUUUGAUAGAUGUCCUCGAAUGUGUGAUAAGCCAAAGUAA